AUGUCACUGGGAGUCAGAGUCGGUGUAGAAGUUGUAGACGAAGAAGACAAAGACACACUCGACCACGAGGAAGGAGACAACGAUGCCUGUUGUGAAGGUGAUGCCGUUCUCGUAGUCGUUUUGAUAGUCGACGGGUGUGACUGGGACGGAAGUGGAUCGGCAGCUGUAAUGGAGGAUGGCACAGAUGAUGGUAAUGCCCGCGAUGGCGAUGACGAUAGAGAUGGUAGAGUUGCAUUGCUGUUUCUGCCGUACAUAAUAUGUCUGCGGAUAAUGGCAGGAGAAAUGCCCGCUGCUCCUGCUGCUCCAGCUGGUGGUGGUGAUGCUGCGGCUGCCGCCGCUGCAGGUGCUGCGGGAGAUUGGACUGGUCUAGCUGCUGGUGGAGGAGACGGAGUUGCUACACCUGCUGCUGUAGCUGCAGUAGGGACUGAUGCAGUAGUUGUGGUAGCAGUAGCAGCGGGAGCUGAUGCCGCUGGAGCAGACGGAAUAACGCCAAUAGCAAAAACUGAUGUAGUCGUCUGCACCGCGAUACCGGGCACAGAUACCGACACCACCGCGGGCGCUGGUACUGAUGAAGCGGCUGCUGGACCAGCGAUGAUAGCACCGCCAACAGCAGUAGCAGGCGAGGAGGUGGGAAUGGCAGCUGCUGGCACAGAUGCAGAUGAUACAGCGGCUGCUAUAACGGAGGCCGGAGGAGGCGUGGAGACAGAUUCGGCAGAGGAGAAGAAUGAGAUGGAAGUAUAUGGGAAGACAGAAGAAGCGGACGUGACGACUGUCUCAGGGCCGAAGACCCUGCUCGAUGAAGUGGUUGAGCGUGGGAUCGUGACUGAUGAAGAAGGUAUGAUGAAUGGUGCUGGAGCUGCUGCCGGGAAUGACGAGGCAGAAGGAGAAACAGCAAUCCGGAUAGAUGACGAUGAACGCGAAGGCGAAUGCGUGGUCGAGGUCGUAGACGUGGUUACGGAGAAAACCGGUGCCGGUGCAGCAGGUGGUACAGAUACCGAUACUGCCGGCGUUGAUACAGGUACAGAUGAUGAUGGUGGAGGACAGAAUGUCUCCGUUACUGUCACCGUUCGUGUAGCUAGACAGACGAGAGAAGACGAAAAAGAGGAAGACGGAGAAGACGGCAACACAAGAGGUGAGGAUAUGCUCACUCUCGGUGUUGGAGGAGUAGGCGUAAUUCUCGGAAUAGAUGAUGAUACUGAUAUUGACACUGAUGAUAUGGGCCUUGGUGAACUGGUAAAUACCCUGCUUGGCGAUGUUGGCGGGCGAGGAUUUCCUAUUUGGGGAAUGGCCAUGACAACAGACGCGAUGAGCGUCAGUAGAAGAGUUAGGACCCUCAUUUUGAUUCUUUUCCUUUUCUUUCUUUCCGUCAAGACAAGAGGUAAUUCAAGGGGAUACGAAUAG